AUGUUAUUCAUUAAAAGCAAUUAUGCCAUGCCGUAGUAACUAAUGAUAUUAAUAUACUCUUGCCUUGUUUAGCAUCUAAGAAUAUUAAACUAUUUUAAUUCGAAACUUGAAAGAUAAAACAACUCUAAUAUAAUAGAUAUCAAAAAAGUCAGAAUGGAUUACAACCCUUAAUUUACUUAAAUAGAGACCAGUUAUUAUUUAUGGUUCUUCAAUGCAUCAAACAUUAUUUGGCUCUCAAUUCUUAUGCCAAAUCCAAAGUAUAUGAUGAAGUUGAAAUGACAUUUUAGACUCAUAAGUUAAGUUGCAUUGCAUCACAUUGAUGGAAUCUGCUCAUUAGUGAAUCAGGAGAUAACAAAUUAAAAUUCUUGUCUUCUUUGGCACAUGCUAACUCAGAAUUGUCUUGUUGCCAAAUUUAAAUGA